AUGGAUAAAAUGCGUCGGUGUCGUCACCACCACCAACCUUUUCUUAAAGCGCUUUUCCACCGCAUGGAAAAGGGUGCGUCGUUGAUGCGUCGCAUGAGUAGCAUCAGUAGCACGAGUAGUACGAGUAGUGGUAGCGUUUGGCUCAAAGCAGUCGUACACAACAACGCUUUCAUCGGAAGUUCUUCAACAUCAUCGUCGCCAAAAUCAAUGUCGUCGACGGCUUCGUUUCCAUUCUCCCCGGUGCAAUCAAAACACUACGCCUCGGUCCUGGAACGAACCAUAUUCCAACCCUGGUCGAGAAAAUUCAUCGAUUCCGUCCCCAUGCCUUUAUCCGGGGAGAAAGUUUUAGACGUAGCCUCCGGGACCGGCGCGACGAGUCGAGAAAUCGCGGCGAUUUUAGGCAACGAGGAUAGAUUUUCACGAGUGGUUGGCAUCGACAGCUCGGAAGGGAUGGUUGAGGAAGCGAAGCGACGCGAGGACAUUUUCGCGGAGAAAAGAGCAAAGAACGAGAAAACUGGCGAGGAUUUGGAUUUACCGGCACCGAUUACGUACGAGGUCGUUCCGAUGGAAGAAUGGAAGAGCGAGGAGGACCAGUUCGAUCGAGCGUAUUGUCAUCAAGGCGCGCAGUUUUUUACCGAUCGAGAGCGAGCGCUUACGAAUGUUUUCAAGAGUUUAAAACCGGGCGCGCAUUUUAACGUCGCCGUUUGGGCGCCGGUGAAAGGACAGAAGUUGUUCGAAGUUUUGAGAGACUGUUUGAUCGAGUGCGAAAAAGAAGAGUGGGUGCCGAUAUUGCUGAAACCGUUUUCGUACAGCGGCGACUUCGAAUCGACCUCGAGAGUGGACGCCAUCGAUAGGUUAGAGACGGAUUUAAUCAAAGCCGGGUUUGAAAACGUGGACGUGAUUUUUGAGGCAGAUAAAGUGCGGUUUGACUCUUUAGACGAAGCGUUAAAAGUCAUCUCGGUCGCACCGUUCGGACAGGAGUUAAUGUCGGACGCGAAACUCUUUGAAAAGUUCACCCGAAAGUUCAAGAUGAAAAUGUUAACCGAAGGAAGCGACAUCAACGACGGCGAUCGAGCCUCGAACGACGAUUUAAGUCAAAGAAUAAAAAGCGGCACGGACGGCGGCGACGAAGUCAACGUGACCAUGAUGAGUUUCUUCGCGCACUGUAACAAACCCUGGGCGGCGGGUGGAAUCCAAAGCAGCUCGUUCAAGUGUUAA